AAGCAAUAUACGCUUCCUAACAUGUCUAAUCUCGGGUAGUCGCGCGCGGUCGAGACAGGAAGCAGAAAGGCAUCAAUUCGGACGGAACAGCUGGAGACGUGUGCUAGAUAAGCCUUCAUUGCAGCCGAUUGCAAGAUUUGGUGCAGGAUCGACGCCUCGGACGUUUGCUUUCAACAACUGAAGGUUGAAUUGAAUGAGUCACAAGGACCCCACGCAGUUUCGGGGUCCUACUGUUUCUAUGCCCUGGGCCGUUGAUUCCGGUGACGCACUGAUAGCUGCCCUGCUCGAUUCGCAACCCCCGUUAAGCGCUCUCCUCGAGUGCUGCGAGCCCUCACGAUGGCUGAAGCGCACACAGGUGUUCAUACACCGACCUAUUUGCCGUAUCCCGUGAAAAUCAUGAAACUCCUUGUUACCCCUGAUACUGCAAUUUCGCGCGGUACCGCUUUGUGCAACUAUUCUUUCGAACACCUUCUCCCUCCAGAACGUCCGACUAAACCCGGCGGAAGUCCGCCUCCAAGAAAGAAAGAGACUCGCUAUGAGACGUGGGAAUCCCCUGUGGAUGGGAUCGUUCAACGUUGGCAAGUGCGACCCGGGGACAUUAUCACCACGGAAAGCGCGACGAAGAAUCCGGCGAUCAUGAUACUCGAAGAAUGCACUCACAAAGUCCAGAUUCAUGGUUUAUGCGCUAUAUGUGGGAAGGACAUGACGAACGUCGACUAUCUGGGUUUCUCUGAUGCGUCGCGUGCGUCCAUCCGCAUGACUCACGAUGCUAACGGGCCAACCGUGUCAAUGGAAGAAGCCCAUCGCUACGACCAAGAUACUUCCAGACGGCUACUAGGCGAAAAACGACUAAGUCUUAUCGUUGACCUCGACCAGACGAUUGUACAUGCGACCGUCGAUCCUACGGUGGGCGAAUGGAUUGAAGACUCUGCUCGGUAUGAAGCCAAGAAAGCUGCUCAGCAGAAUAAGGAUCCCGAAACCUCGAGGAGCGCGACUCCACCCAACCCUGACCGAGAGAGUAGUCCGUUCGACGAAAACGAUGUAAAUCCCAACUGGGAAGCCCUAAAGGACGUCAAGAAGUUCAAACUUGGCGGCGAAGGCCAAUUUCUUAGACUUGAUCAACAGGGUGCUGACGAUGGCACUUAUUAUUAUAUAAAGCCGCGACCUGGGCUUGUCGACUUCCUGGACCGUAUGAAAACAAAGUACGAGAUGCAUGUGUAUACUAUGGGUACACGCGCAUAUGCAUUGGAAGUAUGCAAGGCGAUAGAUUUGGAUGGAACUGUCUUUGGACAACGCGUGCUGACUCGUGAUGAAAGUGGAAGCAUGACCGCUAAGAAUCUCGCUCGCUUAUUCCCAAGUGAUCAGAGCAUGGUUGUAAUCAUCGACGAUCGAGCGGACGUCUGGUCCGACGUUCCCAACCUCGUCAAAGUAGUCCCCUAUGACUUCUUCGUUGGCAUCGGUGAUAUUAACUCCGCCCACCUUCCUAAGCUAUCAGACCCCAUCACUUCUCUCCCUCCAACACUCCCCAACUCGCGCGUAUUGUCCAACACGCCUCCAGCCACCAUUUCCAAUCCCUUAGCCUCACCGACACCACUUCCCGAAGAGAGCCUAUCGGAGCUAACACAAUCAUCACCUGUUACACCAAUCGUCGAAGAUGAGGCCAUCGCCAAAGAGGGUGCUGAAGCUAAGCUCCUAUCUGCAGCACAAACUAAAGCGAUUGAAGCCGUUGUCGAGCAGCGUCCGUUGGCAAAGAUGCAAGAGAAGCUGGAUAAGGACGCAGUCGCGGAAGCGGAGGCUGAAGCGAAAGCCGGAGUCAAAUCUACUGAGGAGAGGGGCAAUUCUGAGAAGUCCGAGGAACUUGCCCCGAAGUCGGAUGGCUCAGGUGGAACGAUGAAUGGGCAUGGCGAGGAGUCUGAGACUAAGUCCAAAAUAAAGAUAAAGCACCAAAUGCUCCUGCAUAAUAAUGAUUUCGAGUUAACCCGCAUUGAAGCCAUUUUGACUGAAGUGCAUCGUCGAUUUUACGAUGCAUAUGCGAAUCCGGCUAAUGGCCGUCCAACACCAAAUCAUCUCGAUGUUAGGACUUUUAUCCAAGCAAUCAAAGCACAAGCAUUCGCGAGUUUGCAUUUCACUUUCUCUAAUGUUUUCCCUAUAAAUAUUGAUGCCACGGGUAAUCCAAUAUGGCGGCAAGCAGAGCAAUUUGGGGCGACUUGUCACACUACAUGGAAUGAAUCAGUUACUCACGUUAUAGCUCUCAAGUUACACUCGGAGAAGACGGACCGUGGUCAAAGGAAAGCUGGCGUUUUUGUCGUCCAUCCGCAAUGGCUUUGGGAUAGUGUCACUCAAUGGCGCAGAGUACCUGAGGCACCUUAUGAGCAGAUGCUUCUACUGAUGGAUGCUACCUCCCGAAACACCACUCCUACAUCUCGCGCGCAAUCACAAUGGGAAUCGCCGCUGCGGGGCCGUCCACGUCAGCCAUACCAACCGAACAACCUGAGGCGGGUCCUUCGACAUGAACUGGAAGAAGAGGAAGGUGUUGACGAAGUUUUCCUUUCAAAUAAUCUUCAGCUGGGAGGCACUGUCGAUUGGGCGGAGGUUGACAGGGAAGUUGACGAAUUCUUGAACGAGUCUGAUGAUGACGACAUAGGGGAAUACGAAGGGCAAAGCGAUGCGAGCAUACGCAGCUCACCCAGCACGGCAUCACGGCGAAGGGGUACGCGGAAGCGACCACGGAGUGGAAGUACAUCAUCGAAUGAGAGUAAGGGACAGACUGAAAUGUCACCUUUAGCCAAGAGGCUGAAGCUGUCUCAAGGACGUAGAGGUAAAUCAGGUCUGAAGAUCGAGCUGCUCAGCGCCAGACAAAGCGAAAAUGAGCAUCAAGAUGACGCAUCAUCCUCUUCGAGCUCUAGUGACGACGACAACCGCGGUAUUGGACUGCAAUCACAUACGAACCAUGAAGCCGAGGAUGAAGCAUACGACAUGGAGGACGCUUAUUAUGAUGAUUCUGACUCAAGUUCUGAUUCUGAAGAGGAUGACUUUCUUGCAAGAGAUUUCGAUGCCGGUGGCUCCUGGGGCUGAUUACCGACCCUAAUUUUCGGGCGAAGACGGUUAUUUAUUCUCUUAUCUAGCCGCAGUGCAACUAUCCACUCGUAACUUUAAUGACUAAAUAUCAUCUUGUACACUAGCUAUCCUCAUUGUAGCACCAGUUGCUCGUCACCUUUCUUCGCUAUUGUAGACCAUCAAUAUGAUCCACUAGUCCUCUGCUUUCAUGUCGUAUU